GUCCGGGUCACCACCAUGGAUGCAGAGCUGGAGUUCGCCAUCCAGCCAAACACCACUGGGAAGCAGCUUUUCGAUCAGGUGGUUAAGACUAUUGGCCUACGGGAAGUGUGGUACUUUGGUCUCCAGUAUGUGGAUAAUAAAGGAUUUCCUACUUGGUUGAAACUUGAUAAAAAGGUGUCUGCCCAGGAGCUCAGGAAGGAGAACCCCCUGCAAUUCAAGUUCCGUGCCAAGUUCUACCCGGAGGACGUGUCCGAGGAGCUCAUCCAAGACAUCACGCAGAAGCUUUUCUUUCUCCAAGUGAAGGACGGGAUUCUGAGCGACGAGAUUUACUGUCCCCCGGAGACGGCAGUGCUCCUGGGCUCCUACGCCGUGCAGGCCAAGUUCGGAGACUACAACAAAGAGAUGCACAAGUCUGGGUACCUCAACUCCGAGCGCUUGAUCCCCCAAAGAGUGAUGGACCAGCACAAGCUCACACGGGACCAGUGGGAGGACCGCAUCCAGGUGUGGCAUGCUGAGCACCGAGGGAUGCUCAGAGACAGUGCCAUGUUGGAAUACCUGAAGAUCGCUCAGGACCUGGAGAUGUAUGGAAUCAACUAUUUUGAGAUCAAAAACAAAAAAGGAACAGACCUUUGGCUUGGAGUUGAUGCCCUGGGGCUGAACAUUUAUGAGAAAGACGAUAAGUUGACCCCAAAGAUUGGCUUCCCUUGGAGUGAAAUCAGAAACAUCUCGUUCAAUGACAAGAAGUUUGUCAUUAAGCCCAUCGACAAGAAGGCACCUGACUUUGUGUUUUACGCCCCCCGCCUGAGGAUUAACAAACGGAUCCUGCAGCUCUGCAUGGGCAACCACGAGCUGUACAUGCGCCGCCGCAAGCCCGACACCAUUGAGGUGCAGCAGAUGAAGGCCCAGGCCCGGGAGGAGAAACACCAGAAGCAGCUGGAGCGGCAACAGUUGGAGACGGAGAAGAAGAGGAGAGAGACCGUGGAGCGAGAGAAGGAGCAGAUGAUGCGGGAGAAGGAGGAACUGAUGAUGAGACUACAGGACUACGAGCAGAAAACCAAAAAGGCCGAGAAAGAACUCUCCGACCAGAUCCAGAGAGCCCUGCAGCUGGAGGAGGAGAGGAAGCGUGCCCAGGAGGAGGCCGAACGCUUGGAGGCUGACCGCAUGGCCGCGCUGCGGGCCAAGGAGGAGUUGGAACAGCAGGCCGUGGAUCAGAUAAAGAGCCAAGAGCAGCUGGCCGCUGAGCUCGCGGAGUACACAGCCAAGAUUGCCCUGCUGGAGGAGGCUCGCCGGCGCAAGGAGGACGAGGUGGAGGAAUGGCAGCACCGGGCCAAAGAGGCCCAGGACGACCUGGUGAAAACCAAGGAGGAGCUACACCUGGUGAUGACCGCGCCCCCGCCGCCCCCGCCACCUGUAUACGAGCCGGUGAAUUACCACGUUCAGGAGAACCCGCAGGAGGAGGGCACUGAAUACACGGGCUACAGCGCUGAGCUCUCCAGUGAGGGCAUUAUGGAUGACCGCAACGAGGAGAAGCGGAUCACCGAGGCCGAGAAGAAUGAGCGUGUGCAGCGGCAGCUGCGGACUUUGACCAACGAGCUGUCCCAGGCCAGAGACGAAAAUAAGAGGACCCACAACGACAUCAUCCACAACGAGAACAUGCGGCAAGGCCGCGACAAGUACAAGACGCUGCGGCAGAUCCGGCAGGGCAACACGAAGCAGAGGAUUGACGAGUUUGAGGCCAUGUAG